UUAUUUUUAAAAACAAAUCGUUUCAUGAAAGGGAAAAGAAAUUAUUCCACUUGUGAUAAAGAAAGUAAUAAUCAGUCUGCUGAAAAACCAGUGUCAAACAGGGAUAUUGAUGACGAAUCUAACUACAAUGGAGCAAUGCAACUUGAUCAAAGAUCUCAAAAAUCCGAUAUUAGCAGAGAUAUUGCAACAUCGGUCAAGAUUAAAAUUAAGGGGAUGAGUUGUCAAAGUUGCGUCCAGAAUAUUCAGGGUACAAUAGGAAAAUUAAAAGGAGUUUUAAAUAUUCGAGUUGAUUUGGAAGAAAACGCUGGAUAUGUUGAGUAUAAUACUCAAGAAAUUUCGGCCAAUCAGAUAGUAGAUAACAUUAAUGAUAUGGGAUUCGAUGCAUCUUUAGAAUCAUCAAAAAUUGAUGAAGUUAACGAAGUUAAUCAAUUUGAAAUCAGAACCAGUGUGUGUACCAUUCAUAUUGAUGGUAUGACUUGCCAAUCUUGUGUUAAUAGCAUUAUAGAUCUUAUAUCAAAAAAAUUAGGUGUAAUAGAAAUUAAUGUAUCUUUAAAUGACAAGGAAGCUAAAGUAUCAUACAGUGAUGCCAAUAUUAGUGCAGAUGAUAUAGCGGCUUCUAUUGAAGACAUGGGAUUUGAUGCAUAUGUUAAAGAAGUUAACGGAAGUGCUAUGAUCUCAACAACAAAAAUAAUAAGUAAAGAUAAACAAAAUACAUCUUUUUUAUCAGUUAAUGGUGCUGGUGACCAUAAAAAAUCUGAAAAUUUUUCUAAGUGUUUCUUACAAAUAAAUGGUAUGACUUGUGGCUCAUGUGUUGCUGCUAUAGAAAAACAUUGCAGAAAAUUAUAUGGAGUUGAAAACAUUUUAGUGGCACUGAUGGCUGCUAAAGCUGAAGUAAUAUACAUGUCAGAUAAAAUUCGUCCUAUGGACAUAGCUUCUAGUAUUACAGAUUUAGGUUUUCCUACAACAGUGAUUGAUGAACCUGGAACAGGUAUAACUGAAGUAGAAUUACAGAUUCUGGGAAUGACCUGUGCAUCCUGUGUAAAUAAAAUAGAGUCUAUAGUAAGUAAAUUGCCAGGUGUACAAUCAGCAGUUGUUGCUUUAUCGACACAGAGAGGAAAAUUUAAAUUUGAUUCAUCAGAAACGGGUGCUCGAGAUAUAAUUGAGAAAAUAAAUAAACUUGGCUUUACGGCAACUUUAUUUAACAAUAAUGAAAAAAAUAGCCGUGAUUAUUUAAAUCAAAGAGAAGAAAUUCAAAAGUGGCGGACAUCCUUUUUUAUAUCUUUAAUUUUUGGACUUCCAAGCAUGAUAAUAAUGACGUAUUUUAUGACAGAUAUGUAUUAUAAUCACAAAAGCCAUGAAGAUAUGUGUUGUGUUAUUCCUGGUGUUUCUUGGGAAAAUUUAUUGCUCUUUGUAUUUUCAACUCCUGUACAAUUUUUUGGUGGUUGGCGUUUUUAUGUUCAAGCGUAUAAGGCAUUGAAGCAUGGUACAAUGAAUAUGGAUGUACUAAUUUCAAUGACAACUACCAUCUCAUAUGUUUAUUCAUUAUGUGUUCUGAUUGUGGCAAUUGCAAUGCAAGAGCCCACUAGUCCUCAAACGUUUUUCGACACACCACCGAUGUUAUUAGUUUUCAUCAGCUUUGGUAGAUGGCUAGAGCAUGUAGCUAAAGGAAAAACGUCAGAAGCAUUAUCAAAACUUUUAUCAUUGAAAGCUACUGACGCAGUUUUAGUAACUUUAGGAUCAAACAAUGAAAUUUUAUCAGAACGUGUUAUCAGUGUUGAUUUAGUUCAACGAGGUGAUGUACUUAAAGUCUUCCAGGGUUCAAAAGUACCAGUAGAUGGGCGAGUUUUAUUUGGACAUUCAGCUUGUGAUGAGAGUUUAAUAACAGGUGAAAGUAUGCCAGUAUCUAAAAAACCUGGUUCGAUCGUUAUUGGUGGAUCUAUCAAUCAAAAUGGACCUCUGUUAAUGACUGCAACACAUACAGGCGAACACACGACACUUGCCCAAAUAGUGCGCUUAGUAGAGGAAGCUCAAACAAGCAAAGCACCGAUUCAACAAUUAGCAGAUAAAGUUGCUGGAUAUUUUAUACCAUUUGUAAUAAUAGUAUCACUAUUAACACUCAUUGUCUGGAUCAUAGUGGGAUAUACAAAUAUAAAUGGUUUGCCAAUAUCUUCAGUACAUCAAACUAAUGGAUUCAAAAAAAAUAGAGAUGAAAUUAUUUUCCAGUACGCAUUCCGGUGUGCUCUUUCAGUGCUUGCAAUCGCAUGUCCUUGUGCUUUAGGACUAGCAACACCUACUGCUGUAAUGGUGGGCACUGGUGUUGGUGCUCUCAAUGGAAUUUUGAUAAAAGGUGGUGCUUCUUUAGAAAAUGCUCACAAAGUUAAAUGUAUUGUUUUCGAUAAAACUGGAACAUUGACACAUGGUACUCCUACCGUUUCCAGGAUAGGACUUUUUGUCGAUGAAAAAUUGUUUCCAAUAGCUAAACUUUUGGCUAUCAUUGGUACUGCUGAAGUCAACAGCGAGCAUCCAAUCGCCUCAGCUAUAAUCAGUUUUGUUAAAGAAACUCUCAAUACUGAAGUUAGUGGCCAGUGUAUAAACUUCCAAGCUGUCGCAGGAUGUGGUCUCAAGUGUCGAGUUAUGCAUUUAUCUACGAUGAUGCCUUUUGCUCAUAAAUCUGAAAAGAUACUUAAUUACGUAAAUCAAGUGCGACGCGAAUCUUCCGGUAUAUUUUAUUUAAAUAAUGUUCCAGUAGAUAUAAUGACUUUUCCACUUAGUGAUCAAAAUAACUCAAAUCUUGAGUUUGAUUUAAUUAAUUCUGAAAUAUCAGAUAAUCAGAGCGAUUCUCAAAAUCAUUAUGACGUAUGCAUUGGUAAUCGUGAAUGGAUGCGCCGAAAUGCUAUCACAAUACCUCAACAUAUUGAUGUAAAAAUGAUGGAACAAGAGAGUUUAGGAAAUACAUCAAUUUUAGUAGGAAUUAAUAAUAUAUUAACUGCAACCAUUAAUGUUGCUGAUACAGUAAAACCAGAAGCGCAUUUAGCAGUGUAUACUUUAAAAAAAAUGGGACUAGAAGUUAUUUUAUUAACUGGAGAUAAUCGGAAAACUGCAGCAUCUGUUGCAAGACAAAUCGGUAUCACUAAAAUCUUCGCAGAAGUACUACCAUCUCACAAAGUAGCUAAAAUACGUAAACUCCAAGAACAAGGAAAUGAUUUAUUAGAUGUCGUAGGAUGUUUGGAUUUAUCAAGGAAAACUGUAUUUCGGAUAAGAUUAAAUUUUUUAUUUGCUAGUAUUUAUAAUUUAUUAGGCAUUCCAAUAGCAGCUGGAUUGUUCAGUCCUUUUGGUUUUUUUCUCGAACCUUGGAUGGCUUCUGCUGCUAUGGCAUUAAGUUCUGUUUCGGUGGUUGCAAGUUCACAAAUGCUUAAAUUAUAUAAAAAACCAACAAAAAUGACUUUAGAAACUCAAGAAUAUUUAUCUACGAUUCCAUUGGAACGUGUUACGACAAAUCAACGCAGCCGAGAAAAUUCUAUUAUAAUAGAACCUUUACGGUCUUCCUCAACAUUAUCUAGAUUGUUUGGAACGAAAGAUGAAAUAGAGGGCCUUCUUAUAGACGAAGAUCAAGUUGAGUACACAGUAAAAAAAUUUUCAAAACAAAUGAAUACGAAUAACAAUGAAGCUGUAUCAUAA